AUUAAAGAAGGGGACAGAAAGAAAAGUCGAGACAGCUGAUCAAUACGUAAAAUCUUGCAAUGUUUUCCCAUUGAAGUGGAAGUUUUUCUGCAGUUGUGUUGAGAAAAACUCUAGGGAGUUGUUAUAGAUAAUUCCAAUUAAGGUAUCUGGGUCAGGUGUGAAUUGUUCUUUGGGUCAAUUUGAGGUGAAAAACCGGAGAAGAAGCAACGGUAAGUGUUGCAAAAUUGUCGUGGGGGAAAAGUCGAGUUGAGAAGAGUUGAAAAAGUGCUGGUAUUGCCAUCUCAGUUGCACCAAGUCAGGGGAAAUUCAUUGAAAAUCCUUCAAUAGACUUCCACACUCACCAUUUUCGCAAGUAAUUCACCACCAGACUCUCCAGUUGGGUGCUCCACGAAGCAACAUACACAUCGAUUAUUCACCAGAAAUUGGGCUAUUUUGCUGGUGAAGUGGCUGAAAUUGAUAAGGGAUAGUGCAAGAGUGUACAAAGUGAUAGUUGAUUGGUGAAAAAAGUGCUUUGGGGUACUGCGGAAGUGAACUUUUAUUUCUGAGAGAGAGGAAAGGCAAAGCUCAAAGGCAGUGCUUUUUUUUCCAACAUAGUCUUUUGAGGCAAAGUCGAAGGGCAAAGUGUGAGUGAGAGAGAGCUUUAAGCAUCCGAAAAACCCACCCUACCUCAUUGAUAGUGUGUCACUUUGUGUUGCUGACUGAAUUUUCUUCAAUCAACCAUUUUCCAUCCAUCUCUCCCAACAUUGAAACCGUUUUUUGCCUCGCAUCACAACCUCCUCUUCUGCAAAACAAAUCCAAUUAAGAUCCCAGGAAAUUUUCACUUAAGUCCAACAGUUAAUCUGCAUUUGAUAACAAUAUGGCCGGCGGAGGUGAUCCCAAGUGGCAGAAGGAUGCAGCUGACCAGAACUUCGACUAUAUGUUCAAAUUGCUCAUAAUCGGCAAUUCGAGUGUGGGCAAAACGAGCUUCCUCUUCCGCUACGCCGAUGAUUCCUUUACAUCAGCCUUUGUGUCAACCGUUGGAAUCGAUUUCAAAGUCAAAACUGUCUUUCGACACGACAAACGCGUCAAGUUACAAAUAUGGGAUACCGCCGGCCAGGAGAGGUACCGAACCAUCACAACAGCAUACUACCGAGGUGCAAUGGGAUUCAUUCUCAUGUACGACAUUACAAAUGAGGAAAGCUUUAAUUCCGUUCAAGAUUGGGUGACUCAGAUAAAAACGUACUCCUGGGAUAAUGCACAAGUGAUUCUGGUCGGGAACAAAUGUGAUAUGGAGGAUGAACGUGUAAUCUCAUUCGAGCGGGGUAAACAGCUGGCUGAUCAGCUGGGUGUUGAAUUCUUCGAGACAUCAGCCAAAGAAAACGUCAAUGUCAAAGCUGUCUUCGAGAGACUAGUUGACAUCAUUUGCGACAAAAUGUCCGAAAGUCUAGAUACGGAUCCUACUCUUGUGGCGGGAGGUCCGAAGGGACAGCGUCUCACAGAUCCACCACAGGGAGCACAAAAUGCCAAUUGCAACUGUUAAGGUCUAAAGGAUUUCACUGGUGUUCUAUUUGUGUGACUAGAAUUAAAAGUAUUUCAUAGAAGAGUCACAAAAUGUGGAGAUGACAAAUCCACGAGAAAAAAAAACCACCCAAGAGCGCCUCCCUUUCAAUCUAAUCUUCGGUGUAAUCAACAAAACUUGCACUCAUUUCAUCACACUCUUCCUGAACUUGCUCUAAAAAUGGAAAAUUUUCAUGUAACGUGAUUGUUAGGCAGAAGCAAAGUAAUUCCGGAUUGUUGAAAAUUUCAAUCUUAGCACAAUCAUAAUUUUCCUUAUGUCCUCUAAAUCUUUGACAAAAAAAAAUUAAAAGUGAAAGAAUAGUCAUUCAAUUGUUAAAAAAUUAAUUGUGUCCAAAAUAGGAACACUUUCGUUCAAGAUGAAAUCCAAAAAGAUUUUUAAAAAAGAUCAUCAGAAUAUCUCGUUGUUAAUUACUCGUUUUUUGGUGAAAGGAUAAGAACCUUCUAAAAAAAAUUAAUCAUAUUAUUAUGUCUAUAAAGAUUCACUGUAGUGCUAUAAAUGUUGAAUGAAUUAGGAAAAUGAGAUAAAAGAGUGGAUAGGUAACAGAGAAUCUUCUGAGAAGGAUACCGAGAGUAACAGAACUCAUGGAAUAACAAAAAAAAAUUAGUCAGUUAGACAAUAAAGUAAAAAUUAAUUUUCUGAAGCGCAAAAUUUGCGAUAUUCCUUAAUUUUUUUUAUCAUUGACUUCUUUCAAAAUAUUAAGAAAAUAGUCACUUGCAGCAGUAUUAAGACAAAAUGCAGAAUUAUUUUCACACAAAAAAAAAGAUUAAAUCUAUUGGAAAGAGAUUAUAGCAAACAAAUGUAAAAAAUAUUGUAAAUAAAAAUCUAAAUAAUGAUUAUAAAUUUUAGCAAAAAAAUAAAAAUAAAAGUCACAGGAAAUAGUUGCAAGUUCACCGGGAAGAUGGAUAAAUCCACAUUAAAAGAGGUUUUCAGAAAAUACAACCAAAUAAAACACAUUAAAAAAACAUUUUUUAAAACAAAAUACACACCACUUAAAAAUUUAAUUCUUAUACAGAAUAAAAACUGAGACAAGAUGGAUAGAAACAAUUUUAAUAAAAAAAAUUAAAUACAGACAUAACCCUGAAUUAUUGUAAAAUUAAUGAAGGAGAUAGAAGGAAAAAAAACUUUUAAAUUGUAUUUAUCAACAGAGCAUGAUUUUAGACGUGAGACAGAUUAAAAGAAAAAAAAUGGACAAAAAA